AUGGACACUCAAGAACAGAGCAUGACAAAUCUUCUACUGCGGUUGGAAGAGACUUCAGAGGACGAGCCUGCUUCUGAGCAACACUACUCCACACCGACAGGAGGAAACAGCCUCGAAAACACUGAUAUCACUGAGCCCGCCGUUCUUAUGCUGGCAAUGGAAGACACCGUGUACCCAGAUUUGCAGACUCCCCGGCACGACAUGACGUACAACGAGGAACGCCACUACUCCCAGUUUAUCCUACACGACAUCCAGAGCGAACUCUACGAAGGAGACACACUGGUGUUCGUUGACUUCCCUACUCACUCUGAACCAUCAGCUGGGGUCGACUGCUACUUGUAUGCUUGGAACUCGGUUCACUUUCGUAUGCACUCUCAGAAGCUCCUGGACACCGGCUCCUCAAAAUUCUCCGAGAUGCUUAACCCGACGUACCAGUUCCGUGUGCAGCGUCGACGGAAGCUUGUCGACAAACUCCCCGAGGGUAUCAAGUAUGUUCUGGAUCUCACUCCCCCCUCCGAGGGUGACGAACUCGUUUUCCAAAUGACAGAGGCAUCGUUGACCCCGGGCAUUAUCAAAUGGUGGACCGCUCACGACAAGUACGGUAUCGACGCCUAUGUUGUAUUCGGUCACGACGAUGUUUGUUCUUGCUGGAGAGAAGUGACUCCCAAACCGGUUGAAGAUCCCGAAAUUGCCGAUGGGAAGAAUUCAGCAACCGACGCUGACCGUAACCAAAAGCAAAAGACGGAUCUUGCCGCUUACGACAUCUUCGGACUGAAUCCCGACCCGGACAAAGGCACCGAACAGGCCGAUUCGCAGAACUUCCAACUCGACAUUAAGCCACAUUAUACGAGGCCCAAACAGGCAUCGAAUACCGGUCUAGCCGCCAAGGUAUUGAAGAAGAAGUCCGAGGGCGACUUCACCUCCGAGCUGGGCCCUACCUACCGCCAGAUACCGGACUACUGCCCGGUCCGCCAUCGCGUAGACAUCCUCCGACUCAUGUGUCUCAUCGCGGGCAAACGGGUCAUUGUCGAUUCUGCGCCUCUGGUAUGGACCCUGGUGGCUGUAGCGAAGAUUCUCGAUUGCACGAGCGUGCUUCGCGACCCCGUUCUACAGUGGAUCAUGAGCCCCAACAAUACGGUCUUCAUCGAGGUCUUGCCCGAGGAAAGCCUCCAAAUCGGCGUGGCUCUGAAAUUGGAUCAAAUCACGCGCUCGGCCUUUCGGAUAUUGGUGAACGAACUGGCUCUCGAGGAGGCCGCUAGGCCAAACGGCACACCCAAGGCGGCCGCGUACACUGUCUUUGGUCGCAGGCGUCACGACCCCGGUGAUGACCUGAAUAACCUCAUCCAGCAUGCGGCCCGGGCCAUGGUAGAGCGCGUGUCGGGGUUGGUCAACAGAUUGGUCAGCGAGACGAUAUUUGAUGACAUGCAAAAUCACGAGUGGCUGCGGUUGCAGAACCUCAUCAGCAUGCUCUCCAACUACCCCGACGACAAGUUUUUCCAGAUGGCCAAAUACCACGCGCUCGUUUUGGCCAACUUUUUGCGAAAUACAUGGAAGAGCAUUGUGGUCCACGACUUGCUGCAGAAGCCCCUCGACCCUCUUUUACUGAGAAACGCCGACGACCACCGCGCCACUUACGUGGAUGUUCGGCACUUCGACCCCCUUGAGGCCGUGUACCGCCGGUUCAACAAUGUGCAAAAAGCUCUGUGCUCGUUCGUGUACGAGGCUGUCGGCGUCCAGUGGUCCAGCAUUGCCUGCGUUUUCUCCCUAGGCACUCAGUGUCGCCGCUUUGAAAGUAUGGUCAAUGUCUUGAGGAGUGCGCUCGAAGGGCUUGUGAGAAAUCACCCCGAGUUGGGUCAGGACCCAGCCUGCAGAGGGCUGCUCAAUUUGCCACAGACGGUCUUUGAUGCCAUUAGCGCGAAAACAUGUCCCAACACCAUCUACGACAGCUCGCGGGCGGCAUUCGAUUCCGUAGCUUUUGAAGUGUCCAUCCAUGAUUUCCUCGUGCCCUUCCACCAGGAGUGUACCCGUGACGACUUUGAAAUCAAGAUGGAGGUGACGCCACACCUAUUACUCAACCUACACCAUAACGAACUGAAGUUCCUACCGCUCUGGGCCGGCGGAAACGAUGACGGAACCGGCGGGGUUUUCGAGGACUCCUUGCCGCCUGCCGAUUAUGGACCGGAUGGCCCGGGCCCGGUCUAUCACACCGGCGUCACGAUCCCCUCGGACGCUUCCAGCACAUCAGGCUCGAUAAGCAGCGUGCUGGGGCAUCUUCGUUUGGAAGGGGGGAGCACCAUCGGUCCCAGAAGCAUCGACGUACAGGAUGGCAUCUCGACCGUCUUCAACCCGGCGAGGGUGGUGGCCGAUGACCGGUCAAUCCGCACGGAGUCGUUCACGGAUGGAGAGUCCGAGUACCACAACGCGAGGUACGCCGUGCCCGCCGAUGGCCAGUCCAUUGCCGACGCGUUCAGCGCCGCGGUCCUCGACGAAGCGCCCGACCAGUCGGAUUCCGGUGCCAGCGUCAACUUCGAGGAGAACGACGACACGGACGAGGCCAUGACGGAAGUUGGUCCAGACGAGAGCCGCUCCCGGGAGGAGACCCCAGAGUAUGUCGUGGCAAGCUCCGAGGCGCGGGGCAUGCCCAUGCCUGGUGGCGGUCCGUCCUCAACUGCACCCUCGACCGAGGAUGCGACAUCCUCUUCUCUUUUCGACGACGAAGACGACGACGACGUGGUCAUGGUCUAG